GCACAUCCUCCUAGCAAUUUCUUGAUUCCUUGUGACCGUUAGUCCUGCCUGCUUCUUCUUGCUACUAGGGCUUUCUCCGUGAUAGUCUCUGACAUCUGGUGCAACCUCCCACUUCCCACGCGCACAACCCACUUUCCAUACCCCGCUUCACCUCUACCCAGAAAGAGAGAGAGAGUAAUACCCCCUCAGCUUCACCCAAACUCCACCAGUCACAUUCCCGUCCCACCUCGAAAUCACAAUGCCCGGCUCCGUCGACCAAGAAAACGACCAGUCCAUGAUGGACGCCGCCCCGGAGCAGCAGCACGAGCAGGACGACGUCCUCGAGUUGGAAGAUAAGCGCAUCGUCGUCUUACCCGGAGCCACCGAAACCGCCGCAUCAUUCCAAUUCGACGGAGAGGGACACACCCUGGGUAAUGCGCUACGAUACGCGAUCAUGAAGAACCCUCAAGUUGAAUUCUGUGGUUAUACCAUCCCCCACCCUUCAGAGACAAAGAUGAACCUGAGAAUUCAGACUUAUGAUUCAACAACGGCCGUCGAAGCCCUGGAGAAGGGUCUGGAUACCCUGAUGGACCUGUGCGAUGUUGUCACGGACAAGUUCACUGUUGCGCGCGAUGAGUUCAAUGCGUCGUCCAAGGUGGAUCGGAUGGAGUCGUAGGUUCUCUUCGUUCUGUUUUCUAGUGUUCUU